GACAGAAGUGGAAGACAUAGAUAAAGACGAGGAAGUGGUGGAAGAGUCUGACACCUAACCUGCACAGCGCAGUGAAGAGUGCCAAACAGUUACGUAAUUGUGCCCCAAAAGUGCAGCGCAGCACCAUGUCAGUCUCGUCGGACACCGGGGGCGUGAAGCCGAUGAAAAUCGCCGGGCGAUUCGUGAAUGAGCGCGAACGUCUGGCGGGCAUGAGCGAUGCGGAGCGCGCGUGGCGCAAACAGUGGCUGCAGGACCAGGUGCUGGCGCCCAACGAGCCCCGGCACGUGCCCGAAAUCUACGAGGCCACCCGCAACCCAUUCAGGCGCCUCUACCGCUGGCCCAUGAACCAAGUGAUGAAAGUGCUGGUGCCCGUAAUCGGAGCGGAAAAGGCCCACACCUUCCGGGGGGUGAGCAGUGUCCUGACCCUUAGCGUGCUGGCGGGGUACUGGCUGUACUACAACUACAAGUACCACAGCAACGAGUGGCAGCGGAGCGGCGGCUGGAAAUCGUACACGGCCAGAAAGGCCGUCCUGCCGGGCGAUCCCGGCUAUCCGGCCGUCUCCGACAGGACCCAGGGAGCGGACUAUGCGUCCAGGGGCUUCAAGGACUUUCACCUGGACAUUUAGAGCUGUGCGCCCCCGAUUCGCGCUAAUGAUCGUAGCAGCAAUGGCAAAUCUAAUGUAGGUUUUAAUAAAAUUAAUAGUAGGUAUACAAA